AUGGAGAACUUGAGCAAUGCCAACUGCAGAUUUGCACUCGACCUGUUCAGAAGAGUUAGUGAGGCCAACCCAACAGGAAAUGUUUUCUUCUCACCCAUCAGUGUUUCUGCUGCUCUGGCCAUGGUCGUUUUAGGGGCCAGAGGUAACACAGAGGCCCAGAUGCUGAAGAUACUUCAUUUGAACCAGGUCAAAGAUAUUCAUUCAGGAUUUCAGACUCUGACUGCUGAUAUUAAUCACAUGGAUGCUCCCUAUCUCUUACGUCUUGCCAGUCGUCUCUUUGGAGAGAAGUCGUACAGUUUUUUGCCGGAUUUCCUGGCCAAUACUCGGAGAUUUUAUGGAGCUGAUUUGGCUACAGUUGAUUUUCUUCAGGCUUAUGAUGAAGCCCAAAAGGAAGUUAACAAGUGGGUAGAGGAGCAGACUGCAGGUAAAAUCCCUAAUCUGCUGUCCGAAGGCUCAGUUAAUAACCUGACUAGGCUUGUACUGGUGAAUGCUAUUUAUUUCAAAGGGAACUGGGCAAAGAAAUUUAAAGAAGCUAAUACUGCUGACAUGCCAUUUUGGUUAAAUAAGAAUGAACAAAAGACUGUAAAAAUGAUGUAUCAGAAAGAGAAAUUCCAUUUUGGUUACAUCUCUGAAAUGAAGACCCGUAUUUUAGAGCUGCCCUAUGAUGGACGAGAACUUAGUAUGAUCAUCUUGUUACCUAAUAAUAUCGAAGACGACUCGACUGGGCUGCAGGAGCUGGAAAAGCAGCUCACUUUUGAGAAGCUUCAGGAAUGGACCCGUCCACAGCAUCUGUACUCCACUGAUGUCAAUGUGCAUUUGCCAAAAUUCAAGCUAGAAGAAAGCUACGACCUUAAACUGCAUUUAUCUGCUAUGGGCUUGUUGAAUGUGUUUGACAGCGGCAAGGCUGACUUGUCAGGAAUGUCAGAGGCACGUGACCUCUUUGUGUCUAAAAUCGUCCACAAGGCUUUUGUAGAAGUGAAUGAGGAAGGCACAGAAGCUGCAGCUGCCACUGCUGGCUUUGCCAUGCUUUGCAUGGUGAUGGAAGAGGAUUUCAAUGCUGAUCAUCCUUUCAUUUUCUUCAUCCGACACAACCCGACACAAAGCAUACUCUUCCUUGGCAGAUAUACUUCUCCAUAA